AUGGCUACCCAUAAGGAUAAUGGUGUGAUCGUACGAAAGACGCUGAAGGAGGAUCUACCGGAAGUGAUUGGCAUGAUACAGGAGCUGGCCGACUUCGAGAAGAUGCCCGACGGACCGCAGCUUACCGUUGACGACCUGAUACGCGACGGUGGAUUCGAUGAGCAAAGAGCAGCGGUUGGUGGAACCCCAACCCCAGUGUUUCAUAGCUUUGUGCUGGAAGCUCCGGCCGACCCGGACGAAUGCCUAGCUAAUCAGGAAAGGCUAACGUCAAUGCGGUCGGACGAUCCUGCAAACGCGAGACCUCUAACCCGGAAAUUGAUCGGAUAUGCCAUCUGCUACUACUCAUACUCCACAUGGCAAGGAAAAUCGCUCGCACUGGAAGACAUUUACGUCCGGCCAGCUUACCGUGGCAAUGGCUAUGGGGAGCUAUUCUUCCGUGCCUUGGCCAAGCACGCUCAGGAUACGCACUGUUCGCGAAUGGACUUUCAUGUGCUGAACUGGAAUCCAGCCACAAAGUUCUACCAACGAAUGGGUGCGGUGGAUCUGACUGAGACUGAAAGCUGGCACUUUUAUCGCGUGCAGAAGGAUGCCAUCGGACGACUAAACGCUUGACGACACGCGACAUUGUGACCUGAUGCGGAUACAAUCUGUUAAUUUUAUUGAAAGU